UUGUAAUCAAGAAUUGCUGCUCGUGCUCGCGACCCGUGAUGGCUGCUGCUUCGACAUGGAGAGACCAAGCAAGCCAUCUGCAAAAUCGAGUCGUGUGAGGCGAUCCCCGAUCGCUUCUUGGCCUUCCAUCAAUCUCUUCCCCUCACCUUUAGGCAGCGGGAACACCGACACUCCAUCACCCUUUCGCUAGGCUGGCACGUCUCAAACACCUUUCAGCCUCGAACGAUUUGAAAUUCACGAAUUUCAUCGCAGCCUGGCAAGUUUUGUAAUACCUCGGCCACCAGGGCGAUCCAGUCAACUCAAUUGGAGCUGCUAUCCGCUCGCGGAGACCUGCUUCACACCAGGACAUUUGGAUCCGCACAGCAGCACGAUACGCCGCAAGCAUGGCCUCACCCUUCCCAUCUGCGGCGGAUCCGGAGCAAGCGUCCAAGAGGCGCAUUGUCCACAAGGAUGGGCUCCUCUUCAAAACGCAGAGACCGCCCAUCGGCGACGCCUCGAGCGCAGCCGUCUCUUCUAGCGGGAACGUGAUGCCAGAGAUUUUGCCGCGGGAAGGCGAGCCCAACGUGUUGGUCACCUCGGCCUUGCCGUACGUCAACAAUGUGCCUCACUUGGGCAACAUCAUCGGUAGCACCUUGUCAGCCGACGUGUAUGCGCGUUACUCUCGCUCAAGAGGCAGAAACACGCUGUACAUCUGCGGCACGGACGAGUACGGCACGGCUACAGAGACGAAAGCUUUGGAAGAGAAGGUCAGUCCUCAAGCAUUGUGCGACAAAUAUCACGCUCUUCAUAGGCAGGUCUACAACUGGUUCGGCAUCGGCUUUGACCACUUUGGCAGGACGACUACGCCGAAGCAGACCACGAUCGCGCAGGACAUCUUCCUCAAGCUUCAUAAGAAUGGUUAUCUUGAGAAGAGGAGCAUGACACAGCUGUACUGUGAAAAAGAUCAGAGAUUCUUGGCAGAUCGAUAUGUCGAAGGAACGUGCCCAAAGUGUGGCUAUGAUGACGCGCGAGGAGACCAAUGCGAUGGAUGUGGACAAUUGCUUGACGCAGUAGAGCUCAUCAAGCCGCACUGCAAGCUGUGCUCCUCGGCCCCCAUUCAAAAAGAGUCUUCCCACCUCUUUUUAAAGAUUGACGACCUACAGCCAGCGACCGAAAAGUGGGCGAGGGAAGCAGCAGAGGUGGGGGCUUGGUCCGCGAAUGGCAGGCACAUCACCGAGAGCUGGUUCAAGGAAGGUCUGCGGCCUUUUAGCUUGACCAGAGAUCUGAAGUGGGGUGUGCCUGUGCCUGUGGAGGGAAUGGAAGGAAAGGUGCUCUACGUGUGGUUCGAUGCCCCGAUCGGCUAUCCUAGCAUCACGGCAAAUUACACGGAGCACUGGGAGCAGUGGUGGAGGAAUCCGGAGCAGGUCAAGCUGUACCAAUUUAUGGGCAAGGAUAACACUCGGUUCCACACCGUCAUCUUUCCUUCUUGUUUAUUGGGUACCCAAGAGCCAUGGACGAUGCUUCAUCACGUCAGCACCACCGAGUACCUCAACUACGAAGGCGGCAAAUUCAGCAAGUCCCGCAACAUUGGAGUGUUUGGGGACAAGGCGGGCGAGAUUGGAGUGCCCAACAGCGUCUGGCGCUACUACCUGCUGUCAAAUCGGCCAGAGGGUGGUGACACGCAAUUCAGCUGGCAUGAGUUCGUGCUGCGCAAUAACUCCGAAUUGCUCGCCAACAUUGGAAACUUUGUGAACAGAGUAUUGACCUUCUUGAGCAAGAAGUAUGAUGGCAUCCUUCCCGAAGUGCCGGAAGGUCUCGGACUUAGAGCUGGGCCUGAACACCUAGAACAGGCCCCUCCCGCCUCGACGUCUGAAAGCGCACAAGAGGCUGGUCUGCUGUUCCCGCGCAUCGCGCGUGAUGUCAACGAUCUCCUGGCACAGUACACGCAAGCGAUGGAUGCGGUCAAAUUGAGGCAAGGCUUGCACGUCAUGAUGGCCCUCUCUUCGCGCGGAAACCAAUUCUUGGUCGAGGCUGGUCUGGACAACAGUCUGUACGCCAACAAGAAGGCCGAAUGCGAUGCGACCAUGCUGGUAGCUGUGAACUUCAUCUGGACCCUGAGCAGCUUGAUCCAUCCUUUCAUGCCCGACACUGCAGAUCAGAUCUGCACGCAGCUCAACGCUCCUCCUAGGCUCGUGCCUGUGGAAGACGUGACGGGCGCAGAGGUUCUUAGUCCUACAGCUGCAGACUUCUCCGAGGCUCGUGCAUCAGGCGACAAAUCUGCUGGAUCAAAAGCCCCAAGAUCCUUCUUCGCAUUGGACUUGCUACCGGGACAUCAGAUUGGAAAGCCGGCGCAUCUCUUUAGACGCAUAGAUGAGAAGAAGGAAGAAGAGUGGCGAGUGCAGUUUGGUGGAGCGACAGCCAAGAACGCUGCGGAGGGUGCCAGCGAAGGUGGUCCUCAGAUCAGCAAGAAGCAAGCGGCCAAAGCUGCCAAAGCUGCCAAGAAAGCUGCCAACCCGACCGCUGAGCGCAAGCUAAAGAAUCCUACCAAGGAGUGGGAAGAAUUGGAUCAGAAGGUGAAGGCGCAGGGCGAGGUGGUUAGGAAGGCCAAGGAGGCGGCAAAGAGCGCCGAUGCGUCAACGACCCAAGCGAAUGUGGACGGCGAGGUCAGCAACUUGUUGAGGCUGAGAAACGAGCUGAAUCUGCUCACGGACAAGUUGGCUGCGCUCGAGGUCGCAUCGGAAGCUGCGAGCUUGGUAGAGCAGGUGGUCAAGUCUACCUGAUCUUCGAGCGGCCAGCCUGCAUGCUUUAUCUGCAUAUACUCCCUUGACGUGGUCGCACGCAUGGAAAGCAGCAGCAGCAGCAGCAGCAGUGGUGCCACUUGCUGAAUGACAUUUCACUGUUGCGCAAGCAAAAGAGAUCUCAUGGCGAUUCGAGUUGAUCAUGAGAGAUUUCAUCGAUGAUUCGUGGGGCAGUCUAUUACAAUAGGUUAGGUAAGAAGCAAGACAUGUGGAUAG